AUGUAUUUGGAUGAUCGACUAAUACAAAAAUCCUAAUACCAAUAGAAUACGAACUAAUCAAUUCAAUUCAAGGAUUCUAUCAAUCAAAGAUGUGAGAUAUCGAAAUACAAUAAAAAUUAUCAUUUCAAAGAUGUACAACAUCAGUUUUUUUCUUAGAAACUAUUAUCUUAACUUACUCUGGCUGAUUAGUACGAAAUAUUUGACGCUAUUUGUAUUAGAAGAGAUUUUAACAGCAUAAUAAUUUUGUUGAGAAACUGUAGAUUAUUGAAAAUAAUAAGUAGUUUAAGUUUCAAGAUGCGAGUUGAUUAGAUUCUAAUCAACCUUAGAGUUGUUUUAAUUGGAUAAUAAAUGAAUUUGAAAAGCAAGUAACUUUGCUCUAUUUUAAACAAUCAAAAUAGUAUAAGGAAUAAGGUAUAUGAUUGUAUUUCAAAUGUCAUUAAACAAGAUCAAAAUACUCUAAAUUCAUUAAGGAUCAUUGAAUCAAUAUAGAAAGCAUUCUGA